AUGGCAACAUCGACCGUUCGCCAAGGUGUCCCUCCGAACGUAGACGAGGCUGGUCUGAACCAAGUCCUCGAUCGUCUCCGUCUUGUCGGAUCGGAGCCAUUACCGUGUAUUCUGCGACGCGAGGAACGCGACGCGAUUCUGAGCGCGCUUCUUUCGGUGACUGCGCUUGACACUGACCAGGAAGCUCUUAUGUACGUAGCUUGGUGUUUGAGAGCAACAAACGAUCACUAACAACCGUAUAUUGAACCCUCAGCGAUGCUGUUGAUGCUGGCCUCGAUCAAGCCGGUGCAGAAGAAGAAGAUCGACAGCUUCAAACGAUCCUGGCCGAAGCAUCUCAUGAGCAUGAGCAAUCCGUGAGUGAACACAAUUCUCGGCUGAUCGAUGCAUCUACUGAUACAGACCCAUGUUCCCAACCAGUGGGAAGCGCCCCCGUACCCGCGUCAUCUUCUAGAGAAGGGGGCCCUCUACUCUGUCCCCCCACUCGACUUGGACAGCUCAGCUUGCUCGCUCGACGACAUGCACACCAAUGCCGACACCUCGAGAAAAUCAAGUUUAAGGGUGGCGCGCAGAACGUAGCGUCAGAUCAACCCUUUGCCCAAGACCGCACCGAGCACCGCGGCAACGUGCAUUCUGCCGCACUUCGACGGAUAGUCGAGACAAUGGGAAUGGACAGGUAUCGACAGUUUGUGGGGAACGAGAGGAACCUUCGCUUCAGCAAUUCAGGGGCAAAUAUCCGGGAGAAGACGUUGCACGAGCAAGCGACAAGUGCGAUCAUCACCCAGGGACGAUCUCACGUUAGUCGCUGAUUCGUGAUGUAUCAUGACCCAAACUGAGGUGCGCCUUUUCCUGCGCUGACGUUUAACUCCGACGCCACAGGACAAAAUCAAAGGACGACAAGAGGUCUAUGGUCAGAUCAUGUCGAACCACGUACUCGAAGUUGUUUGA